AUGCCUCUAUCUCUUAUGAAGAAGUUACAAAUCAAUGAGCUGAGAUCCACGGAUGUAAUCGUCCAAUUGGUAGAUAAAACUCAAAAGAAGGCUGAAGGAGUAGUUGAAAAUGUAUUGGUGAAAGUAGGAAACUACUUCCUCCCCACUGACUUUGUUGUUAUGGACAUGGAGGAAAGUUACCUUCAUCCCAUUAUUCUUUGGAGACCAUUUCUAGCUACUGCUAGAGCCCUGAUAGAUGUGGAACAAGGAGAGUUAAUCCUGAGAAUACAUGAUGAACACCUUACCUUCCAUGUGUUCAAACCUACAUCUGAGUCUGAGCCAGAACCUAAGGAGUCAAAGAAUGAUCACAGCAACAUAUGCAUAAAAGGAAGCAACAUUAAAUCAGCAGCUGAACCACUGAAACAGUCUUUGGUGAACAGGCAAGAAGUUCAAGAGAUACAGCAACCAAGAGAACUUAAGAAGGAACUGAAGCCACGAGAGUUGGAAGGAGCAGUUAAUGAGGAAGCCCCUGACACAAUGGUCACUAGAAAACUAUUGAAAGAAGAGAAAAGAGUUGAGAAGAAAUUGCCAAGAGAAUGGAGAAAUAAGAAGAUUCCUACAGAGGGUUUCUCCCCUGGAGACAAGGUAAUAUCAGCCCACCAUCAACCAACACCACCCUAA